AGCUCCACUACCAUGUGUAGAUGGACAGUGACACAAGGUGCACCGGUCGCCUGGUUCUCCUCCUGCCCCUGCUGCAGACCUCCUUCACUAAUCCUGUCCCUCACCUUCCUCCUCCUGCUUCUCCUGUUUGGACCCUCCACAUCCUCACCCCUGUCCGCUUUAUCACCAGACUCUGAAAAGAACCACAAUGCACCCGGAGGCCCUCCACCUCACAUCUUCUUCACCUCACACCCGCCGCCUUCCCCGUCAGCUGCACCGCUGCACGCAUCCUCUGCGAGGUUGCCACGGGCGACCAAUGUGUCAUCGUCCUCCGCGACGGUCAUCGGGCGCCACGUGCGGAGCAGCUACAAUCAUCUGCAAGGAGAUGUGCGCAGGAGGAAACUGUUCUCCUACCAGAAAUUCUUCCUUCGCAUUGACAGGAAAGGAAAAGUUAAUGGCACCAAAAAUGAGGACGAUCCUUACAGUAUUUUGGAGAUCAAGUCGGUGGAUGUGGGAGUGGUGGCCAUCAGGGGACUCAGCAGUAACUACUACCUGGCAAUCAGCAGGAAGGGAGAGCUAUACGGAGCGAGGGACUUUGGUCCAGACUGUCGUCUGAUUGAACGCAUCGAGGAGAACAAGUACAACACCUACGCUUCAGCUGAGUGGCGCAACAAGAAGAAGCACAUGUUUGUGGGACUGAACGCCAACGGCAAGCCAAUGAAGGGGAAGAAGACACGGAGGAAAAACACAGCCUGUCACUUCCUGCCCAUUGUGGUACCACCACGAUGAUUGGACAUAUCAGCCAUGAGAGAGCUCUGCAGACUGCAGGCUAUUGGGACUUUUAUGGAGUUAUGGCGAUGGCUACAUUGGACAGAUCUGAAUCAGAUCUGAAUGAUGCACUGAGUAGGAAAAGAAUGGAAACCUAUGGACAUUUUAUCUCUGUUUGACAAAGACAUUUCUAUUUUUAAAGAAAGAAAUAAGAUAUAUUGAUAUACAAUGGAUAUAUUAUUUUCUGUUUUAAAUUAUCAAGUACAUCUGGCACAGUAGAAAAUAUGAAAAGAAAUGACUUCUGUGCCAAAAUGCGACCAGAAACUCACAUUUCUAGAUCAUGUGAAGCGCUUGACUGGGAGGAAAUAAAAUGACAGGAGACAACAUGUGUAAGGGAGGGAAAAGAAAGAGAACAGAAAGUAUUGACAGAAAAGGAGAAGACAAGAAAAUCCGAAAA